UUUCUACAUUUUUGAUUCUUAAAAGUUCGACUCUUGUAGAUUUGGAUUUCCGGGUUUUAUGUUAAAACUUACUAUUUUUUCGGUUCUAGUUACCCAUAUUGUUGGUCUUUACUGAAACUGUCUGGUUUUAAAAGCAGUUGUCGUAACAUCUGGCGCACGAUGGAUAGCGAUAGUGAUCAUGAGCGUGAAGAACCUGGCGGUCGUUUCUACGGCACUACUCGAGUGUUUAUGUCAGCAAACACCGUGAAAAAGCCCUUGUUGGAUUUGCCCUUUAACUGGGCCGUCAUCGAAUCAGGCGCUGAUAUGGUGAAACUCGGAUUUCCCUCCACUAUGUUACAGUCUCCGUGGGCAAUAGCCACCACGAUAACAAUAACUGCAACUGCAAGCGCCGCGAAAGCAGGACGCAACGUCCAUUCAAUCAUGGAUUUCCAGAAUAAUCCUGUAUUUAAUUCGGAAAAGGCAUAUAAUCUCGCUGAGGAGCGCAUUCGCCAGGUUUUGAAGGAGCCUGUACAACUGAAGAUGCACAUGCUGAAGAAGGUUGUUCCGAAAUUCUUUGAGUCGUUGAAGGCAGGAAGCGCCGUGUUCUACGACACGGUGUAUCACUUGCGACUGCUGGAAGUGGUUUUCAACUACAUUUAUUCAGACGUCACGCGAAUCCGGGAAAUCCCUGAAUGUCUGUACAAAGUCUUUUCAUGCGGUGAUAUGAAAGACACUCAAGUUAUGCGGUUCGGGCUUUUUCUGCUGCGUGGUGGUUUUGACAUUAGCCUGUACGAAGAGAUGGUGUGUCCUCGUGGCAUGGACUUGAUGAAAGUUAAUCAUAUUGUGGGAAAAAAUUGGAAGGUUUCGUUGGCACAUCAAAGCCCGUCUACUACAAUGUGGAACAGCAUGUGGCCUCAGUAUUGGUUCCACUGAUUUUACUGGGUCAGCGACCGGUUGCUAUGAAAAUCGCCGAUAGCCUGGGAUAUCCACGAUUGUGUGAAGAACUAGCACAGGGAGGGAGCAAGGUGUUUGUAGGGCCUCCCUCAGCGGUUUUGGGAAACGUUUACCGUCUGCUCCGUGAUACUCGUCGCAUGACAAAGCUGCGUCUGCAUGACUCGCGCACAAUGCCUGAAAUUCCACAUGUAUGGAAAUGCACUGGAUGUGAUUUCGAGGGAACUCAAUGGAUGUUUUUGGCUCACUUCAAAGCCAGCCACAAGGGCGAGGAAUAUCGAGCUUGUGAGCAGUGCGGCGUGCCAUGGCUGACUGGAGGACAUGAUGAUGACUUCGAUAACGUGAACUACUGGAAGCAUAGAGUUGUCUGCCCCAGUAUCAAAGCUGUCUACGACUGCCGUGUCGCUAUCGGCUCCAACUUUCGUAAGCCCAAAGGACCCUGGAUUUCCACGAUGAUGUUAGGCGUUUACAAGAACGGCCGGCAGGUUGUGCCACCGACCACGGAGUACAUCUUAAGUGUCCAACCGGGCCGUCCUGUCCACUCCGUUUACUUCUCCUGGCGCUUGGCUGGCCCUUCAAAGGCGGUUGUCCAUGAAUCCGAGGAUUCCGACACGGAAAGUGUGGCGUCCAAUGAAAGCGUGACCUCCGCUGACACCGAAACGUCCGCCGACAGCUUGACCACAGUGGUGUCUUGCAACAGUGCUGCCACGGCUGUAAGCACUGAAAGCGCCAACACAGUCCACUCGGGCGGAAGCGUGCAAAGCCGGGGAAGCGUGUGGCAAGAGCGGAUGACUCUCUACUACGAAAAUCAUUAUUUCUAGGAUAUCCAUGGAUUGAUGUGUUAACUGGCGUCUCACUACAAAUAGUUCAAGGAUUUCCGGGGGAUUGUUUUGUCAUUGAUUUGAAUAGGCGUUACUGCACCUUUUUGAUAGUGAAAUCAUUUUUGCGUGGAUUUCCAUGAAUGCAUUACUGAAAUAAGAUUUUUAUCCACCCGGGGAAGUCCAGAUAUUGUUUGUACACUUUAGUUCUAACGGUCACGCAGUCUGCUGUACAGUGCUCGUGGUUUGAUUACUUUUACAUAGUGA